AUGAUGGCAGAGUCAAUAUCUGCAGAUCGACCACCGUACCUCACCCUUACGAUCUCUCAAGCGCUCUCCUUACCUCCUCCGCCGGCACCAGAACCAAAACACCAUGUGUCGGUCAACAGCAUGCUCGACGAGCGUGCUUAUCACAUGCCUGAUCACCUCGCUGUCGGAUUCACCAAACUAACCUCCGGUGGUACAUGGACGUGUCAAACCCUGACGUAUGCCCACGUCCGCACGCUUUCGCAGCACCUAGCUAGCGAGCUGCAAGCACGACUUCCUAGGAAAGAGCCGAAUGCAAAAUCGCCGAGUCAGACACCUCUGGUGGCGGUGCUGUCUCCGUCUGGACUCGAUCUGUUUGGACACAUCGUGGCGUUGUGGAGGUUGGGUUAUGGGGUGCUGUGCAUCGCGCCCGGGUCGCCGGCUGAGUCGAUUGCGAAUCUGUUGAGGUUGACGCAGACCAAGGUGGUAUUAGCACAUGCGACACAGCUUCAAGCUGCUGAGGCUGCGGCUCAGGCGGUCCGGAGUGGAGACGGAGACAGAAUCGACGUUCAAGCCUGCGAGAUGCUGCCCAGCGUGAUCGAUCGCGUCGACCAGAAACCACAACAAAGCAGUUCAACAGCAUCUCCCAGCGCUGCAGGCCCGGACGACGUACUCGUGACCAUGCACACCAGCGGCUCAUCCGGUUUGCCCAAACCUAUCUACCAACUGCAUCGCUUCUGGACCGCUUCCAUGCUCUCUGCUCCAGGCCGCGAGCUACCCGCGUUCACCACGACUCCCCUCUUUCACGGUGGAAUGUCGGAUCUUCUGCGUUCGAUCCAAGCCGGCUCUUCGAUCUUCUUCCAUCCCACAGCGGACCCUGGUGCGUUAUCCACCUCUGCCAUCUGCCAAGCCAUUGCCGCUUGUGAAGUACCCGUCUCGUACUUUCUCUCCGUCCCUUACAUCUUGGAUAUGCUCUUCGCCGAGCGCUCGGAUGAAGGGAGACGCAUGCUGGCGAGCAUGCAGCUGGUCAGCACGGGAGGUGCCCCGCUACCGCAGCAGCUGGGGGACGACAUGGUGAAGCAGGGAAUCAAGCUCGUGAGCCGGUUGGGUAGCUCGGAAUGCGGAUUCCUCAUGUCAUCGUGGCGCGACUUCGAAUCGGACAAAGAAUGGAAUCACCUUCGUAUACCUGAUCAGCUGGGCCAGAGCAUGUUGCGUUUCGAGCCGCACGAUCCCACAUCGGAAGGCGGCUUAUUCGAGUUGAUCGUGACGAAGGAAUGGCCAACCAAGCUCGUCGCGAACCGGGACGACGGUGGGUACGCCACCUCCGACUUGUAUUCGAAGCAAGGGACGAAUACGUGGAGAUACGAUUCGAGAUCCGACGAUACUAUCGUCCUUGUUUCAGGCAAGAAAGCCACUGCUCCCGUGGCGGAGCAGAAGCUCAAAGCGUCUCCGCUGGUCACUGAAGCAAUCGCCUUCGGUGCGAACCGAGCCAUUCUCGGCGCUCUCGUCUUCAUCAGCCCCGAAGCAGGUCCUCAACACUCGGCGUUUGACGACACGCUCAAGAUCAGCCUACUCAAACAACUUCAACCUGUUCUCUCCGAGAUCAAUGCUGCAUCGCCACCCCACGCUCAACUCGCUUCCGAGAUGAUUUGCCUCCUUCCGCCCUCUGAAGCUGCAAACAUCCCCAGAGCCAGCAAAGGCACGCUUCAACGUGGACGUGCCUACCAGCACUACACCGAACUAAUCGACUCGAUCUACCUCGAUUUCGAAGAAGGUCGUUCGCUGCGACUGAGCCCUGCCAACGGCACUGCUGGGACGGGGAAAGCGAUGCUCAGCGGACAAGAGUUGGUUCAAUGGCUGCAGGGCAAGGUCGAAGAGAUCAACGGGAAAAACUUGUUGCCAGACAUGGAUGUGUUUGUAGCUGGGGUGGAUUCGAUUCAGUCGGCUAGGAUUCGAGCUGCUGUACAUCAGAAUGUGGAUUUGGGCGGGAAGAAGUUGGAGAGGAACGUGGUGUAUGGGUAUCCGACGUUGAGGUUGCUCGCGAAGCAUGUCGAGGAGGUGAGGGGUGGGAGUGCGGGGGAUGGAUCGAAAGACGACCGUCAGCAGCGCGAGAUGGAGCUCAUGCAGGAGCUGGUGGAAAAGUACUCCGCGGCUCCGUCGAAGCCCACGAUGAAUGGUUUCGAGGCAAGGAAGCAAUUCGAAGCGCAGAGCGGUACGCUCUACAUCCUGACCGGAGUGACAGGAGGGUUUGGAGCGCAGAUCCUCGAUCAAGUGGCCUCGCACCAAUUACAGUCGAAAGACUCUGUCCUGUGCUUGGUCCGAGCCGACGACGACGAGCAUGCACGCAAGCGCGUUCUCGAAUCCAUGACGUCUCGUCGCCUCGAUGCCACUCGCACUCUCGUGGAGUCAUCCGACAGUCCGGUACAUUGCCUAUCCGCUGACCUGUCCCGCUCCGACUGCGGACUCACUUCCGCUCAACUCUCAUUCCUUUCGUCGUCGGGCUACACCCGAGUUGUGACGAUCCACUCCGCAUGGUCAGUCAACUUUGUCGCCUCGCUUUCGAGCUUUGAACAGGAAAACAUCGCCGGGCUCUCCCACCUCCUCUCCCUCCACCAAUCCCUCGUCGCCAGCACAUCCCCAACCUCGCCGCACUCGUGCUUCACGUUCUGCUCGUCCGUCGCAUCCAUCCUCGGCAGCCCGUCAAAGACUCUCGAUGAAACAGCGUCAACCUCCCCCUCCGACGCUGUUUCGAUGGGGUACGCACGCAGCAAAUGGGUCGCAGAGCAAAUCGUCUCCCGGCGCAUAUCCAACCAAGGACAUCGAAUCGUUCGAAUCGGUCAGCUGUGUUCCGACACGACCCAUGGAGUUUGGAACGAGAGUGAAGCGUGGCCGAUCCUGAUUCGUCUCAGUUGUCAACUGGGAAGUUUCCCACAUCUGUCCGAAAGGCUGGAUUGGAUCAGUACGGAUGUCGCCGCAAAGAGCAUCGUCGACAUCUCCAACAGCAAAGCUCAAGGCGUUCACAACGUUGCUCAACCAACAACAUCCAGCAAGGAAGCACCCACGUGGGAAGACCUCUACAAUUGGCUAAUAGCCUCAGGUCUCAACCUCACCCUCGUAUCCCCACAAGACUGGCUGGACAAAUUGCAAAAGUCAAACGCUGAUCAUCGAGGUUUACUGGCGCUUUGGCAGCGCAACUUCACCUCGGACGCACAACGACCGGAGCAGCAGAUUCGCUUCAAUUGCGACAAGGCCUUCGACGCCAGCAACGACUUUCGCAAUUGGCAGAAUCAAGGCGUGACUCCGUCUCUCGUGCAGAAGACGGUUCAGCGGUGGAAAGAGAUCGGUUUCCUCCCUUGA